AUGUCUGCACCUUUCCAAAUGCGCCCUUUGAGGGCAAUUGGGGUUCUCCAAAAUGCCACACAAUCAUCAUACGCCCCAAGAGCAGCCAGCCACCGAAUCAGCCAGCUCUAUAACCCCAUGAGCAAGCGAACAAUCACCUACAGUCAAAACCGCAACCAAACGGCAACCAAGCCCUCGCCAGCGUCACCAGCGUCUUCUACCCCGAAAUCCUCCCCAUCCACAGCGAGCAGCUCGGCAUCUCGCGUCUCAGCCCCCACCCCAGAACGUACAACCACCGAGAACAUCUCCAAAAGCGGACUAUCCGACAAGCCCCUCGAGCUCGAGAACCCUGUCGAAGAGAAGAUCGACUGGACCCGCUCUUUCCACGGUCUAUCAGCCGCACCCUUCCCCAAAGAAGCGGCCGAUAUCCUCCUCGCCGAGACCGAUCCCAACGAAGUCGAGAUCAAGCCUGAUGGCAUCCUUUACCUGCCCGAGAUCAAAUACCGACGCAUUCUGAACCGCGCGUUCGGUCCUGGUGGCUGGGGUCUUGUGCCUCGUAGCGAGAGUAUCGUUACGCCCAAGACAGUGACGAGAGAAUACGCUCUUGUUUGCAAUGGACGUCUCGUUUCCGUUGCCCGUGGUGAACAGGAUUAUUUCUCUCCCGAUGGUAUUCCCACUGCUACUGAGGGGUGUCGGUCGAAUGCGCUGGUGCGCUGCUGCAAGGAUCUAGGAAUCGCGAGUGAGUUGUGGGAUCCGCGCUGGAUCCGCAAUUAUAAAACCAAGUACACGCGGGAGGUCUUUGUUGAACAUGUGGUUAACAAGCGGAAGUCGAAGAUCUGGACCCGCAAGGAUGAUCCCGUUGGAUACCCUUGGAAGGAGAGUAAAUAG